AGACAUGUCCGGCCUUGCAAGCCACACAAACACUUGCGCGGUAGCUACCUAACCUAGUCCGCCUUGCUGGUCUCCAGGAACGGGAGCACCAGGCGGGACAGAAGCAGCGGCGGCAGGAAUCGAAGGACACAUGGCGAGGGAGGAGCCGCUGCUUCGUCCCUUCGUCGCCGUCGCCGUGCUCCUGCUGUGCUCCCCCCGCGCCUCCGUGGUGUCUGCCCGGAAGGUGGGCGAGACGUGCGCGCUGGACCGGAACUGCGACGCCGGGCUGCACUGCGAGACGUGCGUGGCCGACGGCAACGUGCGCCCGCGCUGCACCCGCGUCGCCCCCGUCGACCCGCAGACCAAGGCGCGGGGGCUGCCGUUCAACCGGUACUCGUGGCUGACGACGCACAACUCGUUCGCGCGCCUCGGCCAGCGGUCGCAGACGGGCGUCGCCAUCGCCACGCCGUGGAACCAGCAGGACACCGUCACCGAACAGCUCAACAACGGCGUCAGGGGAUUGAUGCUGGACAUGUACGACUUCCGGAACGACAUCUGGCUCUGCCACUCCUACGGCGGCAUCUGCCAAAACUUCACCGCCUUCCAACCGGCGGUGAACGUGCUCCGGGAGGUCGAGCGCUUCCUGUCGCGGAACCCCUCCGAGGUGGUCACCGUCUUCGUCGAGGACUACGUCGAGUCGCCGAUGGGUCUCACCAGGGUGCUCAACGCGUCGGGCCUCGCCAAGUACCUCUUCCCAGCCUGGCGCAUGCCCAAGAACGGCGGCGACUGGCCGCUGCUCAGCGACAUGGUCCGCGACAACCACCGCCUGCUGGUGUUCACCUCGAAAUCCGCCAAGGAGGCCGCCGAGGGGAUCCCCUACGAGUGGCGCUACGUCGUCGAGAACCAGUACGGGAGCAAGGGGAUGAUCAAAGGGUCGUGCCAAAACCGCGCGGAGUCCGCCGCCAUGAACGACCUGUCGAGGUCGCUGGUGCUGGUGAACUACUUCAGGGACCUCCCAAACUUCCCGGAGGCGUGCAAGGACAACUCCGUGCAGCUGCUGGACAUGCUCACCACCUGCCACGCCAAGUCCGCGGACAGAUGGGCCAACUUCAUCGCCGUGGAUUUCUACAAGAGGAGCGAUCGAGGCGGCGCGGCGGAGGCCACGGACAAGGCGAACGGCGGCCUGGUCUGCGGGUGCGGGAGCAUAUCUGCUUGCAACGCCAACGGCACAUGCACUCCUCGGCACGGCAGGACGCCCAAAGGCAUCUUCAACGCCUCGUCGGACGCCGCGGCGUGGCGGCCGCCGCCGGUGCUGCAAUGGCAACGCCUCGUCCUGCUACCUGCUCUCCUCGGUCUACUUCUGUGCCUGUAAACCCGUCAGAUUUUGCUGUAGAUAGAUUCGUUUCAGCCGGCAAGAACCUUAGUUAGGUUACACUAGCAUACCAGUUGUUAAAAGAUGCGUUUGAUCCUCAUUGUGACUGAAAAUUUCCAUAAGAUUGAUUUGGUUGGGGUGUGCCAGGCUCAA